AUGAGUGAGAAAAUUGAGACUGAGCCAACACGUAGAUGCGAUCUUCCUGAUGAAAAGGAAUCAUCUAUUUCCGUUCCUUCUUCUGGUGCCUUAGGCUCUUCGAUUAAAAGGGCUUCUUCGACAUCUUCGUCUUCAUCUUCUUCUGCUCAAUAUAGUAAUAUUAAUGCAAAUUUACAUGCAAGAGUCAAGGCUUUUCAAGAACAAAGAGUGCUGAGAAGGUCAAAUAGUGAUAAGAAUAAUUCUGAGAAAAAUAAAUCAACGUCAAAUCCUAAUAGUGUUAAUUUUGAUUCAAAAACUGAAAAACCUCCAAUUCAAUUAGAGGAUCACAUACGAAAUUUAAAUUCAGCUUCAAGUAUACAACAAAUUGUCAAUAAGCCAUUACCACCAUUACCACCAUUACCAAAAUCUGAGGCAAAUGAACUUCCUGCAGUUCCAACAAAAGAUAUAGAAACCGAUAUGCAAAAUAAUAUACUAGCUGUCCCAACAGAUACACCAGAAUCUAUAGUGCCAUCUCAAGUCAAUAAAAAUACUUUAAACCCGAAUAGGACAGCUCCAAAAAGACCUCCUACAAUGAGGCCAAUGGGUAAUUUAUCAAAUAUCUCAAACAGAAAUAUUCCACAGAGACCUGUUCAAAGCUUAAGUCAACGUCGUGGUUUAAAACUUCCACCUGGUGGGAUGUCUUUAAAAUUAUCAAAUAAACCACAAGCACCAUCAAAUAAUUCAACUGGAACUGUACAACAACAUGAAUUUGCUGCUAGUCCUUCAAAUGCAAACCAACCAAAACCUCUUUCAGGGAAAAAGUCAAACCCUGGUUCCUUAGUGAAUGCAGUCCAAAGUACUUCAACUUCAUCAAGUGCUGAGGAUAGAGCAGAUACUGAAGGUACAAACCCUAGAAGUUUUAAUAGUAAUGGCAGUGAUUCAAGCGGUUCCGGAGGUCUAUUUGCCAAUUUUUCAAAAUACGUGGACAUCAAAUCUGGUUCAUUGAAUUUUGCAGGUAAGCUAUCUCUAUCUUCUAAAGGUAUUAACUUUAGUAAUGGUGUAAGUUCAAACAUUUCUUUGGAUGAAUUAGAAUUUUUAGGUGAAUUGGGUCGCGGCAAUUAUGGUACAGUUUCCAAAGUACUACAUAAGCCAACCAAUGUCGUCAUGGCAAUGAAAGAAGUUAGGCUAGAGUUAGAUGAAUCCAAGUUUAGACAAAUUCUAAUGGAGUUGGAAGUAUUGCAUAAAUGUAAUUCUCCAUGUAUUGUUGACUUUUAUGGUGCAUUUUUCAUAGAAGGUGCAGUUUAUAUGUGUAUGGAAUACAUGGAUGGAGGUUCAUUAGAUAAGAUCUAUGAUUCUUCGAAAGAAAUAGGAGGUAUCGAUGAACCUCAACUUGCAUAUAUUACAGAAUCUGUCAUUAGAGGGUUGAUGGAAUUAAAAGAUGGGCAUAAUAUAAUACACAGAGACGUCAAACCGACAAACGUAUUAUGUUCAGCUUCCCAAGGUACUGUUAAAUUAUGUGACUUUGGAGUCUCCGGUAAUCUGGUGGCUUCAUUGGCAAAAACGAAUAUUGGUUGUCAAUCAUACAUGGCGCCAGAAAGAAUUAGAUCGACUAAUCCAGAUAUGACUACAUAUACGGUUCAAUCUGAUAUUUGGUCAUUGGGUUUAAGUAUAUUGGAAAUGGCACUUGGUAGUUAUCCGUACCCACCAGAGACCUACGAUAAUAUCUUCUCACAGCUGAGUGCAAUCGUAGAUGGACCACCGCCAAUUUUGCCUCAAGAGAAAUUCAGUAAAGAAGCACAAGAUUUUGUUUCUCUGUGUUUACAAAAGGUUCCUGAAAGAAGACCUACGUACUCAUCACUUCUAAAUCAUCCAUGGUUAUUGAAAUAUAGAAACAAAGAUGUUCAAAUGGGUAAAUAUAUUACUGAGAGAAUAGCAAAAAGAGAUGCUUUAUUAAAGAAAAUCGGUGAACCUGAAUUACCAAGAUACCUACCGGCAUUACAUAUGGGAGGUUUGUAA